AUGAGGCCGGUGUCCCGGGAGGAGAAGCCCAACCCGCUGAAGGACGCGAACUUCAGCCCGCGGCUGUUCUCCUGGUGGCUAAACCCCUUGUUUAAAAUUAGUUACAAGUGGAAAUUAAAGCAAGAUGACUUGUACUCAGUACUUCCGAAAGAUCGUUCCCAGCACCUUGGAGAAGAGCUGCAAGGGUACUGGGAUCGAGAAGUUUUGAGAGCCAAGAAAGAUGCAUGGGAGCCUUCUUUAAUGACAGCAAUCAUCAAGUGUUACUGGAAAUUCUAUUUCGUUUUGGGACUACUUCCAUUUACUGAGGCUGAGGAGUGGCUGCUUGUGGCAGAGAUACUGUGGGCUGAGAGCAACCACUGA